CCGGAAGCUGGGUGUGUGCGCUCGUCCCUUUAACUUGACAGUCUGGAUGCGGCCGCAGAGAAACGCAGCGCAGCUUCGUUCCUGCGCAUUUUUCUGAUUUGCUGAAGCUGGAUCCGGAUCAGUACCGGCGAGGAGAGACUGGACCGGGCCAGACCGAACCGAGACGAGCCGAGCCGAACUGUGGCCGAACGGUGCCGAACUGAGCAGGGGCCAGAAUAAGAAUACAGACAGACGGAGACAGAGGCUGCUUCAUCCCCUCCUGCAGAGCCGGCCGGAGUCUUCCUCACCGGAGGACAUGUCCAGGUCCUGUGGAACAAUCUGACCCAGGAUCCGUGAUGUUGGACAGCGUUUCAGCGUGACGCGUGCAGGAAGUCGAACCCGUCAGGUGGAUUCAAUAUGGCCGCCGCACGUGGAGCGUCAUCAUCGUUCGCAGUGUGGCUGUGUGUCGCGCUGCUGCCCGCUGUGACCGGUCUCCAGUCACAGGACACAGAGUGUGCCUUCACAGACCAUGGGGUGGAGCCUCACAGCGGACCGACCAAUGAGCUGCGAGGAGUGGUGCGAGGAGAGAACGGCACGAUACGCUGCAGCCGCGGCUCGCGCUGCUAUGGAUUGUGGGAAAAGAAAACGGACGGUGAAUUGCACCUGGUGAAGCAAGGUUGUUGGACUCACAUUGGCGACCAGCAGGAGUGUCAUGGCGACCGUUGCCUGGUAACGGCAACGCCCUCUCAGAUCCAGAACGGAAGCUACCGUUUCUGCUGCUGCAGCCGAGAUCUCUGCAACACCAACUUCACCGAGGCCCCGCCCACCGAUGACACCCCUGCCCUGCGGCUCAUGAAGGGCGACGGGAGGGACGACGGGCAGACAGAUCACCAGCCACUUAGGCGUGAGGAGACUGCGCUUAUCGCCCUGGUAACCGUUGCCAUAGCAGCCAUCCUCAUCGUGGCGCUGUUCCUGGGAUACCGCAUGAUGAAAGGGAAACAGAAGCACGGUUUGUCUGCUCUGGGCGCGAUGGAGGCGGCGAACGCUGAGUCAGCCGUGGACCUGGACAACCUGAAACUGCUGGAGCUGAUCGGUCGAGGCCGUUACGGUGCGGUAUUUCGCGGAUGCCUUAGCGAGUGCUGCGUGGCCGUCAAGCUCUUCAGCUCUGCCAACCGGCAGAACUUUGCCAACGAGUGCGCCAUCUACCGCCUGCCGCUGCUACAGCAGCACGACAACAUCGCCCGCUUCUUCGCCGCGGACGAAAGGACGGCGGCUGAUGGACAACCAGAGUUCUUGAUCCUCAUGGAGUACUACCCACACGGCUGUCUGUCUCGAUACCUGUCUCUCCACACAGUGGACUGGUUGACCUGCUGCAGGAUGUCUCACGGCGUGACCAGAGGACUCGCCUUCCUUCACACUGAGCUCUACAGAGGAGACCAGUACAAACCAGCUGUGGCCCACAGAGACGUGACCAGCAGGAAUGUUUUGGUCCGAGCCGAUCUGUCCUGUGUCCUCGCCGACUAUGGUCUGUCCAUGAGGCUGACGGGAAGCCGGUCCUGUCGCCCCGGAGACGAUGAUACCAUGGCAAUAUCUGAGGUGGGGACAGUGCGGUACAUGGCUCCGGAGGUCCUGGGCGGAGCUCUGAACCUCAGGGACUGUGAGUCGGCGCUGAAGCAGGUGGAUGUUUACGCUCUGGGUCUGCUCUACUGGGAGAGCUUCAGGAGGUGCUCCGACCUGUUCCCAGGUGAAACAGUACCAGAGUACCAGCUGGCGUUUCAGGCGGAGCUCGGGAAUCAUCCGAGCUUCGAGGACAUGCAGAUCCUCGUGGCCAGAGAGAAGUACAGGCCCAGGUUCCCCGAAGCUUGGAAGGAGAACAGUCUGGCGUUGCGUUCCCUGAAGGAGACGAUGGAGGACUGCUGGGACCAGGACGCUGAAGCUCGUCUCACCGCUCAGUGUGCAGAGGAGAGGCUGUCUGAACUCACACUGCUGAGCACUCACACCGCCAUACACAACCACAGGAAUUUUUCUCAUGGCCGCUGGUCUCCUCAGGUUGGCUCCGUUUCCACCUACAUUGAGGAUCUGAAGGUGGGCGUGGUCAAAAAUCUUCAGGGAGACACGCACUCAGCAUCUGUCGGCAAAACGAGCAUGAGUGGAGCGGAAGGUGCCGAAAAGAACAGAAACUCCAUUAACUAUGAACGGCAGCAGGCGCAGAGUCAAGCUAGGUUGUCCAGUUCAGACAGCAGUGUGUCCGCCACCACUGCCCUCACACCGGCCAUCAUCCUCUGCACCAUCUCUGAAUCUGAACACCACGGUGGAGCUGUGCCCAGUGUCCCCGUCAGCCUGCAGCUGACAGAAGAAGACUUGGAAGCCACCAAGCUCGACCCAACAGAGGUGGAUAAAAACCUGAGGGAGAAUUCUGAUGAAAACUUGAUGGAGCACUCACAGAAAAAGUUCAGUUCAGAGCCACAAACUACCAACGUCCUGCACCAUCAGGUAAACAGUUCUGUGUCAGCUCCUCAGGGUGAACAAGGGGGUGUCGGUGCCAUUGACACUCCUCUUUCCACCUCCAUUCACCCCCUCCCCAAACAGCAGAACCUACCCCAGAGACCCACCAGCCUCCACCUUCUCCCCAAAGCCAAGGAGACCACCUUGGCCUCUUCUCGACUUAAGCUGGGAAAGCUCAAGUCCAACCACAGACAGGUGGAAACAGGUGUAGCUAAGAUGAACACUGUAACCGUCGCUGCGGCUGCAGAGCCCCACCUGGUUACCACGGUGACCUGCAACACUGGCACAAGAGUCAGUGUUGCGACUGAUAGCCAAGUCCACUCAAUAACGGUGGUUGCCAGUGGCUACAGUGCGGGGGUCCCUACCCUGGUGACGAACGGAAUGAUAGGUCGGACCAAUCCAGCAGGACCACAGCUGGAGGAGGAGGACAAAAUGGAGGGAGGGAUGAUCAGAGGAGAAGACAGCCACCUGAACCUACUCAACUUCAGUCCUGACGAACACGAACCGCUGCUGAGGAGAGAACAGCCGCCCGCCGAGAGCGAACCCCUUCCUCAUCUGCAUCAUCAGUCACGUUCCGGAAACAUCCUGUCAGGACGCGGCUCAAACUCCAACAACAACAACAACAGGCCAACGGUCAAGGGUUUAGAGGUUAAACCUGAAAGGAUGAUGGGUUCAGUCAGUCAGUGCGGCCAGGAUAGAGAUCAAGGCUCAGUUAUAGGCCCAUGUCCCCAGAAAGCCCUUGUGGCAGAGCCAGCGUUGGCUUUUGAACAUACCAAAAAUCCAGAGGCUUAUCUGGUCUAUUCUACUGUCACAGGCUGCAGAGAUGCAGAUUCUGGCUCAACAAAAACACCAGAAAUGCUACUCCCUAAAGCCCCAGGAAUCCCAGUUUCACAGGCACCAGACUCAGCCCCCGAAGCCUCAACCUCAUCUUCACAAGUUGUAGUUUUAGAUACCUUAACUCUUGCCCAUGAACCUUCAACUACAGAAACUCCAGCUCUAGUAGCUCUAGCCUCAGAUCCAGAGGCUCUGGUUUGGAAUCGAGAAGCUUCCUCUCUAGAGGUUCCAGCCUCAGAAGAUCUAACUCCAGAAACACCAGAUUCAGAAUCUCAAGAUUCAGAAACCACAGCUCUUACAGAAGCUUCAGCUCCAGAACCUGCAGUUCCACAAGUUUCAGCCUUUGAUCAGGUGGGACAGACCAAAGCCAGGAGGCCUGAGCGUCCCUGUUCUUUGGACCUGUCCUCGUCCUGCAUCUUCUCAGAUGAUGUUUCUCUGACGGAUAAUGGCAGCCUGAGUGCUUCAGGAGAGAAAAUAAAACGGCGUGUUAAGACACCAUACACCUUGAAAAAAUGGCGUCCAGCCUCAUGGGUUGUUUCCACAGAUACAGCUCUCGACCCAGACUUCGAGUUCAACACCAGUGGCACCAGCCAGUUAUCUUCUGGUCUUCGUAGAGCAGGAAGUGCCGGUAUCCCUAAAAUCAACCAGUCAAAAUCCAGCAUGGCUGUCUUUUUGGUUGGCAGUGGAGCCACAGCAACCACAACCUCCGAGCCUGAUGGGAUGACCUGCUUCUAAGGUUGUUGAAUUAAAGGUUUUCUUUUCUUAAAGGAGCGCAGAUUAAUUUUUCACUUCGUCUUCCCUCUCAGUUGUUAAAUCAGAGGCACAGGAGAUGAGACAGACGACAGGAGCUGUUAAUGAAAUUCAAAACAAAAAGUUGGGUUUUGAAUUUCUUAUGGUAUCCAUAUUUUUUGAAGGAUUGUCAGCAUUUGGCCCUGUCCUGUUACAGUUUCACCUCAAACUUUCAACCUUCACCGUGCCCAAGUAGCACCAAUGCCCAUAUUGUCCAAAAUAUACGUUUAUUGGUGGUGAAUUGAGGCGAUUCCCUAAUUUUAAGAUGACUGGCUCAUGUUGCAACUAGUCUUGUGGCUAGUGGGUGUGGCCUUGACGCUACUAGAGUAAAAAGAGUGCCCAGAAAGGACCUUCUCUUUGCUGUACUUUCAGGCUCCCUCUGAAUUUCCCUGUGGUUCACAGGCAAUUUAAACUACCCGGGUAACAAAACUGACGAGGAGCUCAAAGAUGCCGGUCGUUGAGAGAAGAACGUUUGGUUCUGGUACCGUUUUGAGGUCCCAUAGACUCAUCUGUCGCUGGCAAUGUGGUGCGUGACGGAUGGUUUUGGUGUUGACCCUCUUUGAAGACUGAAAUUGACCGAGGUCUUCAAAAUGCAAAAAUCCGGCUCCUGUUGCGACAGGUCUUCUGGCUAAGUCAAUGUAAACAGCUGCAUGUGGGUGUGACCUUGGUCCUGCCCGAGUACCGAAUUGCCCAAGACUUCAACUUUAAGCUCCUUCCUCGUAGACGUCUGGGCUCCUGCUAUGACUCGGUGGACGUGGUGUGAGGUUAGUCACUGUGACCAGAGAGGAUUGAAGUCAAAUGUUAGAUUUUUUUCACGCACUUUAAAUAAAGUUUGUGUUAUUUAGGAAACUUGUAAACCUUAUAAGAGACACCUUGUGCAAUUACAUCAAAAACAGUGACACUUCUUUAAGGACACUUCUGUUUUUGUGUCUUUGUUCAACAUCACGUUUGAUUCAAAGAAGAAUUUUUGCUUUAAACCCUGAAUCUAGCUAUGCAGUCAGUUCACGAUGCCUCCUGCUAACAGACAGACAGAAUUACUGCAGGAGCAUAUUUACUCUUUUAAUUUGCACCUUCUUUUGUGAACUGCCUUGUGAGGACUGCUGUGGCCACCAUGUCAGGGCUGGGAGGACAGAGGAAGUCGAAAAAGAAAUAAUGAGAAACGACAACAAGUGAAAAGAGAGAUGAGCUGGGGUCGAGCGGAGUUUAUUGAACCGCGAAACCUCGGCCACGAACAACCUCCUCAGGAACUUUAACGGCGAUAAUGAAGGCUGGAACGAGCAGCAGAUAAAGAAGCGUGGAGGGGGUUUGUCUGAACCGUCGAACCGUUUGUCUGAACCGUCGGACGGAAGAAGAAACUGAUUUGAUCCAACAGACAAACUACGACUUGGAACAGCUCCAGAGUCGUCUUAUUCCCCAAAUCCAUCCACAAUCCACUGGGUUUUAAAAGCAGCUUUAGGAAAGAGCUCAGUCAUAAAGUGAACGUAAAGGUCUGAUGUUCGUCUGAUCAUCAAACCAUCUGUGUCAAGUUGAAAUUGUGAACUGACAAUUUUAAGAACUUUCUGCAGAACGAUAUUGUUUGGUAAAGUCAGCAGUUACUCACAUGAUCACAGCACUUUAUUUUAGUAUAACCACAGUAUAAACUGGCCCAACCUGCUUCCCGUCCACUAGGUGUUAAAGAUGCUUAAUAGUACUGUAGAAGUGGAUCCUUACAGUUUUUAACAAUUUUUGUUAUUAUGUUGUUAUUUGCGAGGUAUAUGCAUUUAGUAGUACUUGUAGUUUCAGUAGUAGUAGCAGUAGCAGUAGUAGAAGCUGAACAUUUUUAAAUAUCAGAUUUUUUUGAAUGGAGUUUGGUGUGACAUAAAACAAAAAAACAGGAGAAACCAAUGAGUUAAAGAACCAGGACCGAAUUAUCAGAUGGUUUCACCCCGUUUUCAUCUUUUCCUGUUAGUUUUUGAAUGUGUGAUUUUAUAAAGGUAAGCUGUAAUGUUUUAGACUUAAAUAUGUAAGUGUGACACACCUGUGACAUUUACACCUUUAAAUGUGCGACUAAUUCACUUAUUAAGAGUUCACAAGCCUUAUAAACGUCCAUCAUUGUUUUCUGUUCAUUCUCCUCCUGUUUUGUCUCAAAUUUCAGAUUAAUUUUCACAAACUUGUGUUAAAGACACUGUUGUGAUAUCAACCUGCUCAUUUAUAUCAUGCUGUUAUUUUAGUUUGCUUGAAUUGUAGAUGCCUUCUGAAAUGAGGUUUGUUACUUUUGUAUUUUCUACUGUUUGUACUGUUUUUAGAUGCUAAUCUGACAGAUUCACCCUGAGAAGCUUUAGUUUUACAUCCAGAGAAUUGUGAAGCCAGAAUGACCUGAUCCUAACCUGGCCUGGGUCUAACUGUGCUCCAGAUCUGGACUGGACUGUAGACUCAGACCAAACUGACUGGUUUUGGAGACUAACUCUACGACCACAAAGCUAAAACUGAAGCCCGGGACCAGGAUUCUGACUGUUUCCUGGAAGCAGCUUGUCUUCACCACACGGAGUCGACAGUAUCUGAGUCUCAGACCUGGAGCUCAGAACAGAGAAGCAGGAACUUUUCCAUUUUCCUUCAGUUUCUCUCUGUUUUCCUCUCAUCUCUGUACAUUCAUGGAUUUCAGGCAAACGGCUUCAG